UAUAAAUAUAAGUAUAUCGACGCUGACAACGUCUCCCGCAUUUUUCAUUUCAAAUACAACAGCGCAGCAUUGAAAAUUGAAAAUUAUAUUUGAUUGCUAUGGGCACCAAAGCAACUAAAAUGGAGGGCACCUACUUGCCAGAUACGCCAACUUUAAACAGAUUGCGUCUUGCUGGCGCUGCAACUGCUGCGCAGAGAUCAACCAUAGCGAUUUCAAUGAGCCCCUGCAGGGAAAAUAUUGCGACGCUAGAUCCACGCUCGCCCAACAUCUGCCGCACACCAUUAAAUAUAUUGCCAGCUGAGCCGCAAAUAUGCCAGAUGCAGCAAACGGGCAACGAAAAUGCUUUUGCGCAGCUGCGCAAGCGCCUGUUGAAGGGUUUUUCAUUGAAUGAUCCGCGCUCGCCGCAACUCAAUCGCACGCCACUGGUACUCGACGAAGCCAUUGAUCGCACGCUAAAUAUGGACGACACAUUUGCCGAUCUCUUCGUGGAGACGCGUGCUCCAGUAGCACAGUCAGAAGUGGCUACUGAACGCCACAACAAUAGCUCCGUUGAAAUUGUUUCUCUGCCCUACGAGCAGGAAGAAACGAUGCCCUGUGACAUGUUGUUGCAUCAGAGAACCCCAGAGCAGCCACACAUACAGGAUCCGCGUUCGCCUACUAUUGGGGUAGAGCGUACGCCUAUUAUAUUUUGUGAUGAUGAUGAAAGCGAGGCGCGUGAAACCCAAAUGCUGGAGGAUAUCCUUGAGACCCUCACGCUCAAUUUAAGCAACGGGAGCAGCAUGGCCUCGUUCGUAAGUGCCAGCGAAGAGCCGAUACCAGAUGAUGCACAGGCCCAGGUGCAGCAACAUUCACAGUCCCAAUCCCGUCCAGCUAAUAAACACUUGGAGCGCGUUCGCCUGGGCAACAAGCGACGCGUUGCACCCCGGAAGCCUGCACGCGCGAACAAGCCGCAGAUUUAUGUAGAUGCAACCCCAGAGGGCGUGACCAGCACGCCCAAGAGCACGCCCAACAGUCAGCAGCGUGGCCAGCGAACGCCCCUCAGCUGCGUCAACAAGAAUCGCAUGCAUCUCCGUUCGCGCUCGGUUGAGAAGGAUUUACGCAAGCCGCAGUUGCACAGCUUCGAUGAUCUUCAAUUGAAUUCGAGUAUGCGUAUACUCGAAGGUUGAUGUCUUAUUAUCUUAAAUCUUGUCUUUUAUUCUUAACAUUUUAGUCUUUACAAAUCAACAGCUAAACAGCCCACCAAUAACCAAUAUUAAAAAUUAAAUAUAUUCAUAUAUUUCAAAUAA